AUGAGUCUGAGACAGGGCGUUAAGAGACGAAUGGAGGCAUCAUCGGAGCAGGAUGGGAGUCCGUCGUUGAAAAGCGGCUUUACUUUUCAUAUUGAUAAUCCAAACGUACAGAAGGAGCCUUUGAGUUACCGAACCAAAUGGAAGCUCAACGUGGAAGGAACGCUCCCGGCCAACCUCAAAGAGAGGGGUGUAGACAGCCCAGAAGUAGUUUCCUACUACCCCUUCUGGGAUGAUACACUUCUGACGUACAACGCAAUCCUGCAAUACGUAACAGAUUACGUGCUCCUAUAUUAUCCAUCCGACACCGUGUUGUCUCAAGACAUUGAGCUACAGAGCUGGCUGGCAGAACUGGACAGACCCAUAGCAAAUGGUGGCCUCGGGGUCCUGGGUGUUGAAGGUGUCAACGGGACGUUUACGUCACGUGACAAGUUGAUUCAGGUCGUCACGAGCAUCAUUUACACGUGCAGUGCGGGUCACGCGGGUGUGAACUUCAAGCAGUAUGAUGAGUACGCCUUUAUGAUUAACUACCCAUCAAAACUACGAGGAAAUCCGCCUAGCGACAAAAGAAGUCAUUCUGAACGCGACGUGCUGCAAGCCAUUCAAGAUCGCUCUUACCAGUACAAACUUCUGACGAUAGCAAAAAUUAUCAGCGAGCAUUCUUUCGGGAAACCGUUGGGAAACUUUGAAAAAGAUUACGUCUGCGAGCAGAAAGCGUUGGAAAUUGUGAACAAGUUUCGAGAAGAGCUAAAAAAGAUCAAUGCAACCACCCAAGAAAGGAACAGAAAAAGACCAAUCCGCUACGAGUGCAUGCUUCCAAGCUUAAUACCAAAUUCUAUCAGCAUCUAA